AUGAUCCAAGGUAUCUUCUAUGCUAGGUUCUUUCCAAAGGAGGGCCCGCACAUCGUGGCCCAGUCGCCGCCCGGCUGCAUCACACCGUCCUCCGGUGCGCCGCUGACGACAAAGCCGCCCCUGAUUGACUGGGAGGUGAUGCAGGAGUACAUUGUCCCGCGCAAGGCCUUCUUCAAUCGGUACAUGACGGUGCAGGACCCGGAGGGCAAGUACGCGGUGCUGGGGUUCCCCGUGCUGAUCCCGCACCAAAAGUACCAGCGCAACGAGUUCAUCUUCAACUUCGGCCUGGUGUUGGACGCCGACGCGGACUUGGCGCAGUACGAGCCCGUCGUGCGGCGGCUGGCCGUCACCUUCAAGGAGAUGGAGAAGCAGAAUGAGUACCUGAGCCAGGAGGGCGGUGGUGGAUCAGGGUCCGGUGAGAGGAGGCCGAUUGAGAGUCUGUUGGAGAUUGUCAAGGAGGAUUUGAAUAACUAUGGCGAGUGCAUGAUUCCCGUCGACGACGCAAACACGAUCAAUAUGAAGCUCUUCCCUCACCACGCCAGCCCGCCACAGGUACGAGGCUGGCACGUCCCCGUCGCCAAGAUGAAGUUCGCCGAGAUCGUCGACCAGACCUGGGACCUGACGAUGCAAAAGGUGGUGGCGCACAUUGACGGGGUCAACGACGUCCGCCGCAUCGCCUGGCUCGCUGACGUCUCGCUCGACCUCGCCACCCUCGCCCUGCGCCACCUGCUCUACUACGAUACGAUCCUGCUGCUCGACAUGUUCUUCUUUGGGAGCUGCUACGCGCCCCGGCCCGGCAUCCACGACUUUGUGACCAACCGGGACGGCAUCGUCGACGAAUGCGCCGCGUACGUGUGCAUCCACGCCCGGCAGCGCGUGAGCAAUUUCAUGCUCAUCAAGCUCAUGACGAGCUUCUGCGUGGGCAAGAGCGUCAUGGAGUGGCUGCGCGCCCACCAGGAGGCCGGGUUCGACGUGCUGCGGUACGUCGACGUGAGGCGGCUCGCGCAGUUUGGCGUCAUCAAGGGGUGCCUGUACCGCGUGCACAAGUACGUCGUGUCCAAGCAGUACCUCGCGGGGCUGGCGACGGGCCAGGCGAGGCCCAGAGCUGGUGGUGGCGGGGACUCGCUGCAGCAGUACACGGACGGGUGCCACUCGUUUGACCAGAUCAUUACGGAGAAGAACCUCACGGACGGGGAGAUUAUGGAGAAGCUCAAGGCUUUGCCGGUACCGAGCGGGGAUUUGACUGUGUUUUAUCGUUGA